GAAGGGCUACUUUGUUUCCAAUGGCCACCCCAAUUUGUUCCAUCUCUCUUCUGGGUGUUUUUCUUCUUCUAUUCUCUUUGGAAAAGGGUUAUGCUGUUGAAGAAAAUGAGGCUACGAAAAGCUAUCUUCAUAUUAUUAAAGUCAAUUCUCUUCUGCCAACAACUGCCUGCAACCACUCUUCUAAAGUUUCAAACAGUUUAUCCCUGGAAGUGGUGCACAGGCAUGGCCCAUGCAUUGGUAUAGUGAAUCAAGAGAAAGGAGCAGAUGCUCCUUCUAACAUGGAAAUCUUCCUUCGAGACCAAAAUCGAGUGGAUUCAAUUCAUGCUAGGCUCUCAAGUCGUGGCAUGUUCCCAGAGAAGCAGGCUACAACAUUGCCGGUCCAGUCUGGUGCAUCUAUCGGUGCUGGUGAUUAUGUUGUUACUGUGGGUCUCGGCACACCGAAAAAAGAAUUUACCCUCAUAUUCGACACCGGCAGCGAUAUCACUUGGACUCAAUGUGAGCCAUGCGUGAAGACUUGCUACAAACAGAAGGAGCCAAGGUUAAAUCCGAGCACGUCUACUUCAUACAAGAACAUUUCGUGUUCCUCGGCGUUGUGCAAAUUAGUCGCGUCAGAAGGUAGCCAAAGUUGUUCUUCUUCGACAUGCCUUUACCAGGUGCAAUAUGGAGACGGCUCCUACUCAAUCGGAAAUUUUGCUUCAGAAACAUUAACCCUUUCAUCAUCAAAUGUGUUCAAGAACUUCUUAUUUGGGUGCGGGCAACAAAACAAUGGCCUAUUUGGAGGAGCAGCCGGUUUGCUGGGACUUGGUCGGACCAAGUUAGCCUUGCCAUCACAAACUGCUAAAACAUACAGAAAGCUCUUCUCUUAUUGCCUACCGGCAUCCUCCAGCUCCAAAGGUUACCUCAGUCUUGGUGGACAAGUCUCUAAGUCUGUGAAAUUCACUCCUUUGUCUGCAAACUUUGACUCGACGCCUUUUUACGGCCUGGACAUAACCGGACUUAGUGUUGGAGGGCGCAAGCUAUCAAUAGAUGAAUCGGCUUUUUCAGCUGGAACCGUUAUUGACUCUGGCACGGUCAUCACGAGACUGUCUCCGACAGCAUAUUCCGAGCUCAGCUCAGCAUUUCAAAAUUUGAUGACAGAUUAUCCUUCGACAAGUGGGUAUUCUAUUUUCGAUACGUGCUAUGAUUUUAGUAAAUAUGACACGGUAAGGAUACCCAAGGUUGGUGUGACCUUCAAAGGCGGAGUCGAGAUGGAUAUUGAUGUGUCAGGGAUUUUGUAUCCAGUGAACGGUUUGAAGAAGGUUUGCCUAGCUUUCGCAGGAAAUGAUGAUGAUAGUGAUACAUCAAUUUUUGGAAAUGUUCAGCAAAGGACUUAUCAAGUGGUCUAUGAUGGUGCAAAAGGAAGGGUUGGAUUUGCCCCUGGUGGUUGUAGCUGAAAUGACAAACAAGAACCAUGACCAAUUGUAGCUCCAUUACAAAUAAAUGAAUGUAAGAUCAGCUUAUACGGGGAUGCGAGCUGAAAUGAAAUAUAUAGGAAAAACUAAUAGGAAGGUGUGUGUAGUAACUUAAGAAACUUUACAUACAGCAUAUGCAAUAAGCUCUCUACAAAGGGACUGGGAUUCAAUUCUUUGUUCCUUUGCUUUGUACAUGCAAGAAGCACAAAAAGUAUUCUAGCUGAAAGGGAGCUGUAGGAGAUGCUUCAUAGGGUUUGAAGCUAGUAUGAGUGCUUUAAGCUAAAAAAUCCUGUGGAAUUUAUAGUUUCUUUAUCAACAAUAACGACCUUCUCGUGGUGAAA